AUGCAUUAUUUGUAUUUCACCUUAUUGCUUUCAAGUCUUAUGAUUUCAACUUAUUGUUCCGGAUAUCAUCCGUCUUGCUUCGAAUCCAGUACAUCCAAAAGAGCAGAUGAUUGCUGCUUACUGCCGAAAUUUUAUGACAGCCAAAUAGUCUCCGAUUGCUUGCCUUCCAUAGGCAACAAUACAGAUCACCAGGAAAUGUAUAAAUGCUUGGUGGAAUGCAUUGCGAAGAAGUUGAACGUCUUCAAUGGCAACAAACUCAACCGUGAGGCUUCAUUGCGCUUGUAUCAGUCCAGGAUUGGAUCGAAUCCCAAGUUUGUUCCUAUUAUGGACGAAAUUUUCGACCAGUGCUACAAUGGAGUUUUAGCUCAGAUGGCGUACGCGAAACCCCAACUGGGGAAGUGCAAUGCCGCACCGGCGAUGUUGCUGGACUGUGUUCAAAGCAAAUUAUUUCUAAAUUGCCCUUCAAACGUGUGGCAAGGUGGCGCCGAAUGUGAUGAAUUGAAACAUAAAUUGUACAAGAAGUGUCCGUUUGCGGCAAUUGCGUCAUUUUAA